AAAAUAUCUUAAAAAGUUAAAACAAAUAUUUUGCUUCGACUUUUAUAUCAUUAAGCAAAUUUAGUUUUCGGCUUUUCUCUCGAAAUAGGUUUCAAAAAUUAAACACAAAAUCAUAUCUCCUAAAGCCAUUCUGCCCUUGAGGAUAAGACCAGAAGACUCCAUCGGAAAAAUGCCGGUGGCCGUGCGCCUUAUGGAGGUCUUGACCCUGAUCACCAUUAUGGGUCUGAUCACCUGCAUAGGCCUCAGUGUGAUCCUGGCUCAGAAGACCCUCAGCAUAACCAUAACCUUUCUCGAGCCUGCAGCAAAUAUUGCCGAUUUUAUACUGGUUUUGACCGAAAAAGUGCUGGUGUCCUCACUAUUUUGCGUUUUGAAGCUAACAAAUGUGGUGGUCAAUGCCCUUCAUAUGAGUGGAAUCGCCUGAUAAUCAAUCUCUAUUUCUGCUAACUUUCGGUUUUCUGAUUAAUGUCUGAGCUCCUCUGUUGUAUGCCUCGAAAUUCAGAAAAUAUUACGUUUUUUUAAGGCA